CCCGGAUUGGAAGGUACCGUGUCAUGCAUCGUCUACGGCCACAUACAUAGUGUCACUUUCGUUACCACCAUUGUGUCGUAUGCCCGGCGACUCCACAGUCCACCACAGUCUAAACCUCACUGCCACUACUAUCCACUGUCCACACAAGCAUGACGAAGGAUUGCCUUGACGGAGACUCGGGUUUACACGGAGCCUUUUCGAUUUCCCCGACGAGAUUCACCGUUCCAACGAGUCGAUUCCGACACAAUGCGGGUACCGUCGGAAGGCAACGUCCUUGGAAGUCACAUCCAUGGGUCGCUUCGACGAUGGAACCGGCCCUGGGGCGUGGCCCCGCCCGUAGCCUCUCUUGCCCCCACAAACACCACUACCAUUACCACACACCGUCGGUAGAAGGACAAUUCGACAAUGCCCUGGAAGAAGACCCUGUUCUGCCUCCAGCGCGUGCGCGCUUCGCCUCGGUACCACCACCACCACGGUCCGGAAACAACAGUCUCCGCCACGAUCGGUCCCAGCCCACGUCGUUGCGAUUGCGGCUGGCACCCAAGGAGAAUUCCACGCUACCCCAACACUUGGUUCCGAGCCAUACAAUGAAUCGGCCAACCCCCGUCCGGACCGUGACAACCACACACGUACAGCAACCACCACCACCACCACCAUUGAUACACUCCACCGUCGUCGUCCGUGCCAUUUCCCCACCAUCACCCUGGACGCACACUCCUCCUUUACCACCACCAACCGGUGCGAGACUGCCCUUGUCACCUCGUCCCGUACCCAAGCUCGUUCCCAAGCUUGUUCCCACGUCCCACUAUCACCACUUGUCGCACCCCAGUCUCAAGAUUAUUCCCGAUUACCGCAUGGAUCCCGCCAUGCGCUUGCCCAUUGCCCGGACUGUACCGUCCGAUUGGGAACACCAAACGUCACCGGUAGUGACCUUGGCCGUGCGGGAUAUUCUGUUGGGACGAGGCGGGGGCACGAAUCAACACGCCGGUAACCUGUGGUACCGCGCCUUACUCCAGCACUACCGACUCGCCUACACACAAGCGCCUAAAUUCGACAAGGCCCAAUUGGCCCGCAAUUUGACCAAUUACAUACGCUUGUGCGGUGGACGGUUUUUGCAAAAGGGGACUCUUGCCCAACCUCCCGGGGCAGUGUCGGUGCACCGGCACGGCAACGGUGGCGAUUGCUACUAUGAAGUCGGUGACGUUCGGGCACGCCUGAAAGUCACGCAAGUCUUACGGGAAGAACCACCCAACACCCGCAAACGUCGUCGCACACGAACGGAGGAAGAGACAACCAACGCUCCCCUCACGGCCGCCGCCAUGUUCGAACAACAUCAACAACAAUCGUCGGCACAAAAACGAUAG